GAGCCGGCGCUGCUUGGUGAGUCUCUUGUUCCGUCGCCAAUAGGAUAAACCCCGAUGGUGGAUGGGGGAAAACGGGGAGCAGUUUCCAUAGCAACCUGUUGUACGGCUGGGAAACCAUCUCAAGCCUAAAGCAUUGGGAAGUUGCAGAGCAGUCCCAAUAAAGCAAAGAAAUAAAGCUUCAUGAAUAGAACAGGCAAAGUACCCAUGCUUGGAGUGGUCUAAUAGUUGAAAUAUUCAAUUCACAUUCCUUGCAGAUUAUUUGCUGUACCUGAAAGCCGCACCUGAAAAACUAUACAUCUUUUGCAGACAAACCAAAAAUCUAAACUAGUUGCAGAAUAGCACAAGGUGGAAGAUCUGGUAAUGUUCAUUUACACGUCUGAGAAAUCAUGACAUCGGUGUCACUUGCAGCCAUUUUUUGGUGUAUCCUAAUACCAUCGUUCGAGACCAGCAAGCAAUUUGUAGCCAAUGGCUGCUACUGUGUCUGCCCACCAUAUCAGAAUUUAAGUGGAAUGAUUUUCUGGAAACAACUAUUUCAGGAUGAUUGUAAUUGCCUGUAUACAGUGGAACCGAUGCCAGUGCCAAGACAUGACGUUGAGGCAUAUUGCUUGCUGUGUGAUUGCAAGUUUGUGGAAAGAAAGAAUACUGCCACUAAGAUCAUCCUUAUUGUUUCCCUCUCAGUGUUUGGAGCUAUUUUACUCUUCAAAGUCCUUUCAGUGGUAGUUAAGCACUUCAACCAUAAACCUGAUGCCUAUACCAAGCCCCUGCACAAUGAAGAGGAUCCCCACGCUUGAUCUCCCUAUUCCACCUAAGAGAAUAUGCUGCAUUUGAAGCAAGCUACUAAUUGUACACUGCAUUGAUGAGGACUGCCAUUUGCUUUAUUUGUUGCUGUCAAGAAAAUAAUAACUGUGGGAUAACUAUCUGACUUCCAAAGUGAGAAACAAUUGACACUUAAUUUGGGUUCUAUAAUCUGCCAAGCAUUGGUCUGGUUUGGUGAUAAAAAUGUGGCAUGCAUUUAUUCAUUGUUGCUUACAAACCUGUGGCUUAGCUUUUAGCUCCAGCUAAAUGUAUUAUUAGGGGGACACGGCGGCUCAGCGGGUAAGAUGCUGAGCUUGUCGAUUGAAAGUUCAGCAGUUCGAAUCCCUAGUGCCGCGUAACAGUGUGAGCUCCUGUUACUUGUCCCAGCUUCUUCCAACCUAGCAGUUCGAAAGCACAUAAAAAAUGCAAAUAGAAAAAUAGGGACCAGCUUGGUGGGAAGGUAACAGUGUUCCAUGUGCCUUUGGCGUUUAGUCAUGCUGGCCACAUGACCACGGAGAUGUCUUCGGACAGCGCUGGCUCUUCAGCCUUGAAACGGAGAUGAGCACCGCCCCCUAGAGUCGGGAACGACUAGCAUGUAUGUGUGAGGGGAACCUUUACCUUUUUUAAAUGUAUUAUUAAUGGAACAAAAACACUAACAUCCUUUUCAUUCCAUUGACUGCCAAUAUAUGAUCUUUCACUCUUGCAAAAUACUUACAGAGAAGUGGGUUGGAUUCUGUCUUUAAAACGCUGGUUUGAAAAGUUGGCACCAAAGACAAAAAUGUAAUAAGGGAAAUUAAUUUAGCAAAAAGGAGUUACUGCAUUUGGCUUAUAAAUUCUUACAGAUUUUCCCUUCAAUGAUUUUUUUUCAGGAUAGUUAACUUUACACCAAAGAAAUAUGGACAGAUUUUCUAGCACCGUCAUAGUGAAGAUGCUUAACCCAUUACAAGAAUGAUUCUGGAUGAGCUCCAUGCUUCCUAAUCUCCUUAAGGGACCAAACCAAGAGGCUUGUGGAUGUCUCUUCCACAUGCAGAUUUUUAAACAGUCAAGUGGUUAUACAGAAUACAGAUUCUUGUAUUUUUUUCUGGAUUCACUGGAUUAUUUAAUGCAAAGGAAAUUGCCCUUCUACAUGUGGCAGUCUAUCCCAGUAUGCAAAAUUGAAUUCCACUAUCAAAGGACAUUUAGAAAAAUACAGCCUUACAUUUCAUUAUUGUCCCAAGAAGUGCCAUGCAGCAGGCAUCUUUUAAAAUAAAAUUUAAGUUGGCUUAAAAGAAAAUUUCCUGUAUGAUAUUGGAUUUUUCCCUUGGCCAACAUGAUUACAAUUACUUAUUUUAUUCUAAUUUUACAAUAAUCUUGCCCAGUUAUAUGGAACCUGUAGCAAUCAUACCUAAGUCAACAAUUAAGGAAAAAUAGCAUUAACAGUAUGUAACUGAAAUGUAAUGUUGUAAUGGUCUCUCAGUGCCUACUACCAAAAGAUCUUGGAGGAUGGACAGUAUUUUUUCUGCAUACAUAAUAAUAAUAAUAAUAAUAAUAAUAAUAAUAAUAAUAAUAAUAAUAAUAAUAAUAAUAAUAAUAAUAUCAGUGUUAGAAGGGACCUUGGAGGUCUACCCCCCUGCCAAGGCAGGAAACCCUAACCAUUUCAGACAAAUGGCUAUCCAACAUUUUCUUAAAAAUUUCCAGUAUUAAGCAAACUACUUUAUCUCUCUUGAAGUAUCUCUGGCAGACUGUAUCUAAUCUUUGUUGCUAUGUAGUAUCUUUUCAUUAAACACAGAAAGUUAGUAUAAAAUGUCAGGUAUCAUUCAAUACUUUUUUUUUCAGAAGGAGAUAUCAUGCAAAGGUUUGGAGAAUAUGUAGAAAUGUGGGGGGGGGGAUCCUAAAAUAUAUGUUAGGCAUACUAUAUCUGGGCUAUAAAAAUCCAAAUGACCACUUAUGGGCAGAUGGCCACUUAUGGGUAUCCAUAUGGUCCAGCGAUGUCUAAAAUACAGUAUGCACAUUAUAUCAUCAGCCAGUUACUAAGCAUGCAUCUGCGAAAAAUGUUAUGCUUAUUUACAUGAAAGUAUGUGGUGAGGCAUCUGAUUUUAUGUACUGAAAAUAUUUACAAGCUAUUCUUUUUAAUUCAGAUAUUCAGUGUGAUGUACAAAAAAGAAGUAACGGGGAAAAAGUUGUAAGAUGUCAACAAUAAAAUAUGAUAAAAUCACUAAAAUGAAUCGUGUUGUUAAUAUUAAUACAGUAUUGGCAAUAAUUCCAAAUAUUUAUAGUACAUUUUGUAAACUAUUGGCUUUUGAUUAGCCACUUAUAUGGCAGAAAUAUAGGAAGCCAUCAAAAUGUAUGAUUCAGGUAUUAGCUUAACACUGUCCUGCUAGAAACUGAAACUCAAACUGCUAGAGCUGAAACUCAUGCAGUAAUAACAAUGGCCAUGCUAGUAUGAGAUGAACUAAGGUGCCAUCUGGAGGAAAGCAGAUGGAAAACUUUUUUUACAACAGUGAUUGGUAUUGACUUGUCAGUAUUUCAGGCAAGAAUUUCUGCAACUUUCCUAGAGAUUUGGGGGAUUGAACCUGAGACAACUUUAUGAACAGAUAACAUUUAACACCCCACUGCUAAUGAAGAGAAAUUAAUAUCUUAUAAUAUGGGGGAAAAGAUUUUCCAUAAAAUACC